GCGCGUUAGGCCCCGCCUUCUGCCACGUCCGUGCGGCGCCUGCGUGCGAGCCGGUGUGAGCGGCGGCGCGGCCUCGUGCGCUGCGCUGUGCGGGCGGGUUUCCCGAAGCUGCCCUCUCUCUGGGGCGCGGGUGCCGCAGCUGCGCCGAGCAGGGGCUGCGCUCCGCCUUCUCCUGCAAGCAUCCCCCCGGAAAAAUGCGUUCUUCUUCCUGACGUUGAACGGAGCUGUCCAGCAGCCGGCGACCACCGUGCCUGUGACGGGGCCGCCGAUUUGGAGACAGCACCUCUUGCCGCCAUGCUGCCGGUAGCGACCGCGAUGCCCGACGACACGCCGAUGUUUGACCCGAGUAUUCUGCAUGAGCUUGACUGGAGCGAGAACACGACGAUAUUUUCUCCUUCUAUUUCUCCUUCGGAGCCAGGGGACGGGCUGGUAAUGAGACCGCUGUGCACAGCCGACUUAAAUCGAGGCUUUUUCAAGGUCUUGGGCCAGCUGACUGAAACUGGAGUUGUGAGCCCGGAGCAGUUUAUCAAAACCUUUGAGCACAUGAAGAAAUCUGGAGAUUACUACGUUACUGUCGUUGAAGACACCAAUCUUGGCCAGAUCGUUGCUACGGCAACGCUGGUUAUAGAACAUAAGUUCACUCACUCCUGUGCAAAGAGAGGGAGGAUAGAAGACGUAGUAGUAAGCGGGGAGUGCAGAGGAAAGCAGCUCGGUAAACUAUUAAUGUCCACUCUUACAUUGCUAAGUAAGAGACUGAACUGUUACAAAAUCACACUCGAGUGUCUGCCAAAAAACGUGGCCUUCUAUAAGAAGUUUGGCUAUUUGGUAUCCGAAGAAAACUACAUGUUCCAACGGUUCUUUAAUUAAGAACUUCUAGCACUGUUUUUGUAAAGACUGUUGGUGGGGGAGCUUGUGGUACAUUCUCUUCAUGAAAAGUUUCUAUAGUCUAUUGCUGCAAAUAUAACGAUCCCUAUCAAUACUGAACAUCAAACGUGUAAAUUCUGCAAAAAAAAAACAAAAGGCAACUUACUGAUGUGCAUAAAGGGUUCUCUGGGUUAGCUCUUAGAACUAAUUUUUACUACUGUUCAGUCCAAGUGAAGCUUUUUUUUUUUUUUGUUCUAGCUGAGUUACAAAGGACUCUUGUUAAAAGGGAUGGUUUUUAACCAAAGGUCUAUAUUUUUAUCUCAGAAUUUUUUCUUGCAUUGUAUUUUUCUAAAGGUUUGCGCUUCUUUUCUUGGCAGCCAAAGUACAGCUUGUGGGGUUGUGCUCCUGGCUGUGCUUCACUGAAGGAUGAUGUAGCUGGGGUAGGGAUGCUUCUCGUAUGCAGUUAGUAAUCCAGGGUGGGCAUUUGUUCUGUUCUUUCCAUGAAACCUCACUGAAGUGCUGUUGAUGUUAGCGUACCUGACGUUCUCUAGGCUCCUAUUCUCUCAACUGAAUUUGUUGCUGUGGUUACAGGGAAGGCCCUUAUGGGCUCUGUGAAAGCUGAUGUUUUGGAGCCUACAUGGAUGCGUAGUCCUAAAUGCGGGGACCCUGCACUUUAGCUGCUAAUGAUCUGAAAACAUAUCCAUUAUGUUUUAUGACAAACCAACCCAUGGUUUGCAGCAGGACAGAGGAAGCUGGAAUGUCUGACAGGCAGAAUACACCUCAUGUGUAGUGGGCUUUUACUAGUACUCAAUGGCAACGCUAAUGCCCGUGUCUGCAGGAAGGUACUAACCCAUUCAGCUUCACCCGACGCAUCCAACCAACUUGCUGUACUUGAACUCCUUGGGGCCAGUUCAGCUCUGGUUGUGCUGGUAACCACUUCUACCUACUGCAUUUCAAACCAGCACAGGCUCAUUGCUGCUUGGCAGCAUCCCUCUGCUGUAACAUCAGAUACACCAUUUUAGCACUUUUGCCCCCCCGGCGGCAAGCAAAUAACAUACAAAGCCCUCCGUUCAACAGGAGUGUUUUGUGCAAGGAGAGUGACAAAUCCCCCAUCCAUGAAUAGGGCAUUAUGAGCACGUGGAGCUUGGCACGGAGCAGCCAGUCUCGUCGGUGAGCAGCUAGGCCUUCCGAAACGUUCUUUCGUUGUGGUGUGGAGAGCUCCUUUAAGCUGUGUGUGUGUGUGGGGGGGGGGUUCUAUUUAAUGUUCCUGAUGGUACUCCACUCAAUCUAGUGUUCCCUUGGUAAUGUCUGUUUUAUUUAUUGAUUAUUUUUUAAAAAAAAAAGAUCUUUGUUUAAGCUGAAUAAAUUAAGACUGCCAACUCUA